UCUUCCCGUGGGAGGGGUUACCGGUCGGCGCGGCCGCGGUCGCGCAACUGCGCAGCCGCGAGAGGGCGGUACCACGGCGGCUGCGACAUGGGGGGGCGCGGAGCAGACGCCGGAAGUAGCGGUGGUACGGGUCCCACCGAGGGGUACUCAUCGCCGGCAGCGUCCACCCGCGCCGCGGCAAGAGCCAAGGCCCGAGGGGGUGGGCGUGGCGGCCGCCGGAACGCGACACCCUCUGUUCCCUCAUCUCGCGGAGCCGCGCCGCGUCGCUCCCCUCCACCGGCUGCCAUGAGCGAGCGCCUCCGCCCCAGGAAAAGGAGAAGGAAUGGCAAUGAAGAGGACCACCAUCUCCCCCCCCAGACCAAAAGGAGUAGUAGAAACCCCGUCUUUCACGAUUCCUGGGACACAGAGACAGUACCUGUAACGAAAAACAGUAAAGAAAACAGACUAAGAGGAAACAAAGUGUUCUGCGCGUCUUCAAGCAGCGACAGCGGCGGCAGCAGCAGCGGCGGCAGCGUCCACAGCCCGGACAGGGCGAGCGGGCCCGAGAGCGGCUUGAGCCUCGUGGGCGCCGGCUCCGGCCCGAACACCCCCCAGCCCGUCCCCGAGCAGUCUGCGCUGUGCCAAGGCCCUUACUUCCACAUCAACCAGACCCUGAGGGAGGCCCACUUCCAGAGCCUACAGCACCGAGGACGGCCUCCGACAUGAUGUGCCGGCGGUUUCUUGCCUUCUGUGAAGGGACAGUGCUGUGCAGAUUUGAUAUUUCAACUUCCGAUGUUUUAAAAAAUUGCACAAAAGUAUGCCUGUUGGCUUUUCAGUCUGUAUUUGAAGGAACAGGUUAACAGGCAGUUGUUUACUCGUGGUUUUGCUGCACUAUUGCAAUUUCAAAGGGGCUUCGAAGCGAUUUUUUAUAGGAUUCUUUUGAGGGUGGGUAUCACAUCCAUGUCGGGUAAUGGUAUGAGGAAAUCUCAUCUGCGUGUUGAAUCCAUAGUUUGUCCAGUGCAGAUUGGUUUCCAAAUCUGUCAAUUAGAAAUUCUACUUGAUGUAAAAGGGCCUUUUAACAAUGCGGGGUCUUUUUUAAAUUCAAUAAAUCAGCGAAGAGUAUCUAGUUUCCAUGAAAAAA